AUGGCCUCUACCGCGCCAGCGAGCAUGGCGAAACCAUCAGAGCCAAACCGCAACAAGCGAUACGAUCCCAAGAAGCCUCACAUCACCGAGGAACCUAUCACCAAAGCCAACUGGUACAAACAUGUCAAUUGGCUUAACGUCACACUCAUUGUCGGAGUCCCGAUUUACGGACUCAUCGCUGCGUACUGGACGCCUCUCCAGUGGAAGACCGCGGUAUGGUCGAUCGCGUAUUACUUCAUGACCGGUCUCGGAAUUACUGCUGGUUACCACCGUCUUUGGGCACACACCUCCUACUCCGCUCGCCUUCCUCUCAAGAUCUUCCUCGCCGCUGUUGGGGCUGGUGCCGUCGAGGGCUCUAUCCGCUGGUGGUCAAGAGAUCACCGUGCUCAUCACAGAUAUACCGAUACCGACAAGGACCCAUACUCUGUUCGCAAGGGACUUCUGUACUCCCAUUUCGGAUGGAUGAUCAUGAAGCAAAACCCAAAACGUAUCGGACGUACCGACAUUUCCGAUUUGAACGAUGAUCCAGUCGUCGUUUGGCAACAUCGCAACUACAUCAAGUGUGUCAUCUUCAUGGGCAUGAUUUUCCCUUGCCUCGUCACAGGUCUUGGAUGGGGAGACUGGAAGGGUGGAUUCAUCUAUGCUGGUAUCCUCCGAAUCUUCUUCGUUCAACAGGCCACCUUCUGUGUCAACUCACUCGCACAUUGGCUCGGUGAUCAACCAUUCGACGACCGCAACUCCCCUCGUGAUCACGUCAUCACAGCUCUCGUUACUCUUGGAGAAGGUUACCACAACUUCCACCACGAGUUUCCUUCGGAUUACCGCAAUGCCAUCGAGUGGCAUCAGUAUGACCCAACCAAAUGGUCCAUUUGGCUAUGGAAGCAAAUGGGACUCGCCUUCGAUCUUAAGCAAUUCAAAUCCAACGAAAUCGAGAAAGGUCGUCUCCAACAACUGCAAAAGAAGCUCGACCAGAAGAGAACAACACUUGAUUGGGGUAUUCCUAUUGAGAACUUGCCAAUCAUCGAUUGGGAUUCUUACGUGGAGGAGGCAAAAAAUGGUCGUGCGCUGGUAGCGAUUGCCGGUGUCGUCCACGAUAUCACCGACUUCAUCAAGGACCAUCCAGGUGGAAAGGCUCUCAUCACGUCCGGAAUUGGCAAGGAUGCCACCGCCAUCUUCAACGGAGGUGUUUACAACCACUCCAACGCUGCACACAACUUGCUUUCCACUAUGCGUGUUGGUGUCCUCCGAGGCGGCUGUGAGGUUGAAAUCUGGAAGCGAGCUCAACGUGAGAACAAGGACAUUUCUUUCGUCAGCGAUUCAGCCGGUCAUAAGAUCAUUCGUGCUGGAAGUCAGGUCACUCGUAUUGCAGAGCCUGUGGCUUCAGCGGAUGCAGCGUAG